AUGCCCGAGUCUCCAAGCAAGCGACAAAAAGUGUCUGAUGUGCCAAUUGCAUACAACUGGAUUGACGGCGAGUUUGUCCGACCAAGUAACGAUACAUUUCUCGAUGUCACGAAUCCUUCAACUGGCGAGAUCAUUGGCAAGUGUGCACUAUCUUCGGCUGAAGAUGUCAAACUAGCGGUAGCCAAGGGUGAAGAAGCGAUGAAAACAUGGCGUUUACUGACUAUCAAGGCUCGUGCAGCCAUUAUGUUGAAAUUUCAUGCUUUGAUGAUACAAUGUCAAGAUGAGCUAGCGGAUAUUGUGGUGAAGGAGAAUGGCAAGAAUCGGACAGAAGCACUUGCCAGUGUCUUGAAGGGUAAUGAGACGGUUGAAUAUGCAUGUAGUUUACCGCAGUUAGUACAGGGACGUACGCUGCAAGUGUCGAGAGGCAUCACAUGCCAAGAUUUACUACGCGAAUACACGUGCGAACUGGGUGGCGAUUUCUUAACACACGCGCUUGCAGACGUCAUUAACGAGUUGUGGCUCAAUGCAGACGGGUACGAAGUGAAUCCGCGCUAUCUUCAGCCGCAGGACGAUCUCUAUGCGAAUCAACAGCGGUUGGAAGCGCUAGCCGAGCGCACGCUGGACCAUAUUUUCAGUGCAACAUCGCUCUUUCCUUACCAAGUUGCUAAAAUUUAUCGUUGGCUUGAGAUGCAGCAACACGGUCUAUGGGCCCUUGCUGUUUUGAACAGAGUUAAGAUUGAGGAGCGUCAUGAUUGA